AUGAAGCGUGACUCUUCCCAUCUCGAGCCCACGGACCUGCCCCGGCUGCCCCAGCUCAGCGGAGACACCCUCCUGCGCGUGUUCACCCACAGGUCGUUGCGGGAUCCCGAUCCCACACGCGAGCCGCUGGACAAUGCGCGCCUGACGAUACUGGGCGACCACUAUCUCCAACUUGUCAUCAGCGAUGUGCUCAUGGACGUACGCCCCAUCCUUGAUAGGGAAGAGCUGAUGUCGAUGCGAGACUUCUUCAUGAGCGCGGAUGUCGUCGCGGACCUCGCAGCGAAAUGCGAGCUGGUCAAGCAUGUCCGCUGUCUCCCCGACAAAUACGCCGAGAUGUCCUCCCCCGAGGAAUCUGCAGCCCUGUUCCGCGCGUACAUGGGCGGCGCGUUUGCGGACUGGGGCGACGCGUCGGGCGUGCGGGAAUUCGUCCGGCGAUGGAUCCAGUCGCACGGGCUCGACACGGACGGUGCCGCGGUGGAGCAGAGGGCAAGCAAGCGGAUCAAGAUGGAGAGCAGCGACGACGGCGGGGUGAUUCAGGCUGUUGGGGUGGUGUAUCCGGAUCCGGUAUUCACCCGCGCCGCCGUUUCCAAUCCGCCCACUAGUUCACCUCUGAACGCCGCGACCUCCGCGCCUGGGCUGAUGUCCUCAAGCACAUCCUCCAAGCUGCCGGUGGUCUCGCUGAUGGCUUUCAACCAGGCUGCCGCGCAACGCAAGAUCCAAGUCGAAUAUCUGGACGAGUGGGUCGACGGGAAGUGGGUGGUCAGCUGCGUGCUGAACGGGACCAAGAAAGGCUCGGGCAGUGGCCAGAACAAGAGGACUGCAAAAGAGGAAGCCGUGCGAGAUGCUCAUGCUCAGCUCGGAUGGUACCUGUAACGAUUCUAACGAAAGCAAUGUGUAUGUUCCGAUGCCCAGCAGUAUAAAAUACACUCUAUGUACCAGAUUACUAUAAGUACGAUAGCUGUCUUGACUUUGUAUAACUUACACCAACUCUGCUGUUCAAAUUCAAAGCCUGCUUGGCGGGACCGGGUGGGGAUCAGUAAAUGUUGCCGGCAAUCUCUGUAUCGGCUGCAGCUUCCGCUUGAUGUCACGAAGUAUAGCGGUCCGCGGAUGCCAGUGCUUGAAGGCUCCUGCGAGUUGUACGAUGUCGGGCCCAAAGAAAUGUGCUACCCGUUGGUCGGCGAUGAUGUCGCGGAGAGACCAAGGAAUCUGCGGUCGGGGUUAGGGUCUGUCUGAAUUCUCGUGGAAUGAAUGGAAGCUCACCUCGUAGUCAUUCUGCUCGACAUUCGCAUCGAACGGCUCGACCACAAGUUC